UGACAUAAGCUGUAGAGUCACAUUCUUUCAAUAGCCUGAUGUCUGUAUUUUGUCAGAAAUGACAGAAAUAAGUCUACAUCACAAGUGCAUUUUGGUAUAGCAGUAGACUAUAAAAACUUUUUCUUUUACUAUUAACACAAUAAAGCAGACUUUUUCCAUACAGUUCAUUUAGCCUGUAUAAUCUUAGUUUAUUGUCGGACGCAUCUCUCAGUUGCUCUGUUCUUAUUUAAAAUUCACCUCAGACUAAAAUAAUACUCUGAUGUUGUGAGAAAAAAAAAUCUAAUUAUAUAAUGAAAACACAACGAUUCUCAUUUCCAGGUGAUUAUACACUAAUGAAAACAUACUUAUGAAUAUUAUCGCCAUAUUCUGCAAACAGAGCCCCGUAAAUAUUACACACUGAACCUUUAAAAUAAGACACAGGACUGUAAGAUACUGUAAUGUUAGUAAUUAAAGUAGACAUGACAAAUGGUAAAUUAAUGCUAUUCCAACGUGUGUGUGUGUGUGUGUGUGUGUGUGCGUGCGUACUUUGAGGGUUGGCAAGUAACAAGCGGCAACUUCCGGGUGUGAAAAGUGAAACCAAUGCGGAAGCGCCUUAAACCUGCGUUCUUUCUAAUGGCCAGCAGGGGGCGACUCCACUGGUUGUAAAAAGAAGUCAGAUUUUGUAGAAAUGUCCCUACUUCUCACUUGAUUUAUUACCUCAGUAAACACUUUCCUAAUGAGUUUAUGGUCUCAAUGACUAUUUUCAAGUCUUCUGCAAUACAGCAUGAUGUUCACUUUGUAAAUUAUUUAGAGUAAAAUGGACGAUAAAGCGUUGUAAACUUUAGGGCGGGGCUACCUUGUGAUUGACAAGGCGCUACCACGGCGACCUGUCAAUCAGGAUAGAGGCGGUGCGUAUCCACUGCACUGAGAACAUUUAGCUAGCCGUGAACUUGUUUCUGGAUGCUGUCGGUGCUUUCGUCUAACAAUUCUGUCCCUUUCACAGUGUUUUCAGUUCAUGAAGGUUAACUGGAACAUUUUGGUCGCCUAAAAAUGUCUUCUUCAGCGUUCGGUUGCACUGAAAGACACUCUAAGGAGUCGAGUGUUAAUUUUUUCCGAUGUGAAAUUGAGGAGCAAAGUGAGGCACAACUCUACAUACAAGGUGUUUUUUGCUGUUGGAGCGUGCGAGAGGAGAGGGAGAGACGCUGCGCUGCUGCCAGAAGAGCCGCUGACUGAGAUUACUCUGAUGUAUGGAAAUAGAUUACAAUAAAAUAGAUUUGUGUAAAUGUCUUGCUCUCCCCCUGAUGGUCUGAAUAACUUGCUGCUGCUCUGUCUUGUCCGUCCAUGCACUAUUCCUCGUCGCACAGCGACGCUAUCACUUGUGAAUUCGUUUGUCGCUGCACGAGAAAAUGGACCUGUGGUGUGAGAGCAUGUGAAAAGUAUCAAUUGCAGAGUCUCUCAGUCGAUGCGUGAGAGUUGGCAGCCCAGCCUUCAACUGAACGAGUCAGUCAACUUAAGAUACAGAGUGUGAGGAGCGAGCAACACAGAAAGUCACACUUUUUCUUCACACUUGUUCCCCAAGUAAAACUAUUGAACUUGGUAAAUGCUUUAUAUUUAUUACAAUGUGCUCAGAAUUGUAUUUCCAUUACAUAUGUCACGAGUUAAAAAUUCAAAUAGCCAUGAUCACAUUUGGCAAAAAUGUUCAUUCAUUCCGAAAUUUUGACUUACAGAAAGAAAAUUAGAUUUUUUUUGUUAGAGGAUUGAUCAUAUUUGAAAAUAUAGGCGUGAUUUAGUGAGGUGUUUAAAAAAGAAACAUUUAACAGCAUCAGAAAACACGAACCUGUUGAGUGAGCAAGGUCAUGCUUCUAUAUUUUUUGUAAUGUGGAUAAUCUUUUAUUGAAAAUCAAGGUUGUGCUUUUUGAGUGGUAAACUACAAUUUUCUUUCUACAGCUAUACAGAACAAUAUAGUGUAUUUGCAUGGGCUACAUAGCCAUAUACAUCACAGACUAAAACAUAUACAUACAUCGCCCGUUUAGGUUGAGAAGCUUUUAUUGUGAAAUUUCUAACAAGAAGCGCACUGUGUCACUCUCGCGAGUUUGACUCCGGGCUGUUUCAGUGUGGUAGUCGUCCCAGCAGGCGGCUCGUGAAGCAGGGAUCCAGACAGGAUUAUCAACAGCGGACACCGCCGCGCGAUAUUUCUGGCUGCAGUUCACCUCCAACAGUCGGACCGCAUCGACAUUUCCAUCCAGACCGACGUGAGGAGCGAGCUGGCUGCUCGGCCCUCCUACCCUCUCCCGGUACCUCGCAGCUGCAGCCUCCAUUAUCCAUCAUCCAUCAUCCAUCAUCCAUCGUCAGCCUCCACACUAACGGGAUGACGGAGGGAAUCGAGCCUCCUCACGUACCCAGACGGUGAGGCGACGUUCACGAGCGGCAGGAAUUCUUAAAACCGCUGUGGCAGCGACUUGGGUAUUUGAAGUGACUUCAUUAAUGAGACUUUUCCAUGUUUCCUGGGACGUCAGAGGUCAGGGUGAGCCACGAAGAACAAACCUGGGGCCGGUGGAAACUUGGAGUCUUGCUCAGGGGCACUUUGGAAGUGUGGAGGAAUGGUGCACUCUAUCCUUCACCUUCACCUCAGAUGAGUUAAAUGAGAUGACGCUGAACUAAUGAGAAAUGUGGCUCACUAAAGUAGAAAUACAGAUAAUAUUUUUUCUCUAUCUGUGUUGUAACCUAAGGUCUACUGCAGCCUUUAUCUGGGUGGAACCUGGAGAGCAGAUGCAAUCAGAGUUGCAGUAUUGUGUAAAACAUAUAUUAUCAGGUCAUUAGGUCAUCCGUAUAACCCACAGGAGACGCUGUGAUCAUUCAGACACCAUGAUGGUGGGAGCCGCCAUCACCUCGUGCCUCAGGACUACUGCAGUCUAACAGACAUUUUGGUUUCCCUGUGGGAAAGAACGGAGCAACUGGAGCGUGGUGGUCCGUCAGCACCAUGGACUACCACGCUGAGUGCUGCUUCUGCGAUCCCGAGGAGGGUCACGGCGGCCCAGACGAGCCGCCGCUCCACAGUAUCCACGCGCCCAACCGGAUCCGCCCAUCCUCGUACCGAGCCCUGAGGAGCGCCGUGUCCAGUCUGGCCCGCAUCGACGACUUCUUCUGUGAAAAGAUCGGUUCAGGCUUCUUCUCUGAGGUCUUCAAGGUGCAACAUCGGAUCACAGGGCAGGUGAUGGCACUGAAAAUGAACACGCUGGCCAGCAACAAAGCUAACAUGCUACGAGAAGUGCAGCUCAUGAACAGGCUUUGCCACCCCAACAUACUCAGGUUUCUGGGGGUUUGUGUGCACGAAGGUCAACUCCACGCUCUGACUGAGUAUAUAAACGGAGGAAACCUGGAGCAGCUGUUGGACAGUGAUCUGUACCUGUCGUGGGGCGUCAGGAUCGGUCUGUCUCUGGAUAUUGCCCGAGGGCUACAGUACCUGCACAGCAAGGGCAUAUUUCACAGAGACCUCACCUCCAAGAACUGUCUGGUUCGCUGUGAUAACAGCAUGUUCACUGCUGUGGUGGGAGACUUCGGCCUGGCAGAGAAGAUCCCUGACUACAGUGAUGGUGUGGGGAAGCAGCCUCUGGCCAUCGUGGGCUCCCCCUACUGGAUGGCCCCUGAAGUUCUGAGAGGAGAGCUGUACGACGAGAAGGUGGAUGUGUUUGCGUACGGCAUCAUCCUGUGUGAGAUCAUCGCCCGGAUUGAAGCUGAUCCUGACUUCUUACCCAGGACAGAGGACUUUGGUCUGGACGUGGAUGCUUUUGAGAACAUGGUUGGGGAUUGUCCACCUGCAUUCUUUAGCCUCGCUGUCACCUGCUGUAAUAUGAGUGCAGAGAGGCGUCCCUCGUUCUCUGACAUUGUCCUGACAUUGGAGGGCAUGGAGAGAGAAGAAGAGAGAGAGAGUUCCGUUUCACUCGAGCCAGUUGCGGUAGACGUCAGCCCGUAUCGCCGCUGCAGCUCUCCUUGUCACCCCGGUGACCGCAGCCAGCAACGGCAAGGCUUAGCGAGGAGCCAGUCGGACAUGUUACCCCCGGCAACCCUGACCCCUCCUCUCCUCGGGACCCCUGCGCGGGUUAACCCCUUCUCUCUCAGACAAGACCUGAACGGGGGGCGGUGUAAACUCUUAGACACGCCCAGCAAGUCCGUCAUCUCCCUGACCUUCACCCUCCCUGCACUUCGCGACCCGUGUGCCUCCCCCCACCUUCUCAGAGGGAUGCUGGGGACACGAGCACCGCCGAGGAGAUGCCAGUCGCUCCCCUGUACCCCAGAGCUCAGCCGGACUGUAGCCUUGCUAAGAGACACGGAGGGGAAGGAGGCAGAAAAGGACGAGGACAUCAGAGUGGCGGCGAUUCAAGGAGGGACUUGGGGGGAUGUGGAGGGUGACAUGAGGAAGAAGACAGGGGUGUCACAAAAGCUACAUGAAGGGCUGCAGGUAGAGCAUAUGGAGAUAACUGAGAAGAGAGAGCUGUUAAACGAGGAGGAUGGAAUGGGAAAGGAUUUGGGUCUUCCUGUGGAGCUGGAGAUGGUGUCUCUGGAGCGGUUAGUGGAGGAGGAGGAAGAGGAGGAGGAGGAGAGUGUGUGUCUAACAGAACCCAUGGACUGUACCAAGUCUCCAGAGCCAGCAGAGGGAGUCUUGGACUCUACACCUGGAAGACCCCUGCUCACCUUCACGUCCUCCUCCUCCUUACAGACCAAUGGUCGGCGACUUCCCAUCUCCAACGGGCCGCCCUCCUUGCCUUCUUUGCCACGACUGGACAACAACAACGGCUCAGUCCUUGUGAUUGGCCAGCAAGUGCAGUGGGGUGAAGGAGGGCGGGCUAAUGGUUACAGCGGAGCCCAUGUCCUGUCCUCUGACCCUAGUGGUACCUCUGAGCAGGAUGAGGUAAUUUCCUGUCCGGGCUGUUGUCUGGUGGGUCUGAGUUUCCCCUCAGUGUGCCUCCGUGAUUCAGCUGCCGUGCCUGCCCCCCGACGAAGGGCUUCGUUACCACGGCAGCGGCCCUACCGGAACCUCAACAGUACCAUAACUGGUGGCAGUGCUUCCUCAUCAACAACCUCCGCCACAGCAACCAAGGCUCUACUAUGUCGCAGCACAAAUGGACUAGUAGUGGCUGGGCCCUCUGUGCCAUGUGAGCCUGGCCGGUCCCUGCCGGAGGCCCAGACAUAAGCCCGCUCAGAGGAGAUUUGGUUUUGAACUUGUGACAUGCACCAGCACUAAAUGUCAGCAGAGAAACGUAGCAACACUAAAUGUUGCUAGGCUAAUGCUGAGAACCCAUUACUGACCCCAGCAUUCUGUGCAGUUACAGCAAACAGUAGUAGUUGGUGAUUAGAGCGCCAGCUGGUGGGCUGGAGGAUUAAACACAACAAAUCACUGUGACAGUGAAGAACGUGGUGGUGACUACAGCUGAACCAGACAGGGUUCAAACAAAGUGGGCUGAGCAGGGCUAUAAACCGAACACUGAACAGUCAGGGUCAACAACACAUUACUGCCGCUGGAAUGGUGCUGAUCCAAACAGAGCAGCUAUUCUGAUUAACAUGCACGUCCCAUCUCCACUGAACCAAAUCAAACUGAACUCAGUCUGCACUCAACUGUGCUGGUUGCAGUAUAUGAGGCUGUCGUGGCUGAUUUAACAAACGAGUUCAAGUGUACUUCCUGUUUAUUACAACCUGGGUCUUAUUUUCGUGGUGAUGGCUGAAAUUUCUAUUGGUAAUAAUAACACUGUGCUCACCAUGUAUCUGUGAACACGGUGACAUGAUUAAAAAGAAGUCAGAUAUGGCAAGCAUGUGGUAACCCACAGGUUAGUCAAGCUGAUUGGGAAGACAAAAAGACGAUGGACUAUAAAAUAAUGACCCAAACUCUCCACUGUAAACAUCCAGCACAGUUUACAGACAGACUUCCUGCUUCAAUUUUGACCCUCUUUACUACACUCAGUUUUUCUGUGCAAAGAGGGAUUAUGAUGAUUAUGAUUUUUUUUGGGUGCACUCACUUUUGGUUUUGCCUCAGAAUAAAGUGGUGGUCUGACUGCUCGUGUGUCUUGCCCUGUCAGAUUUCAUUGUAUUGUAGUGAUGUCACCGUGUUCUCAGCGAUUACUUCAGUAAGUGUAAUGUUAUCAUAACGGAUAUAAAUGAUGGCCAAAACUACCCAGAUUAUAAUAAACCAGGAUUAUCCUUUCAUCUGUACAGUACUUUUUGGUAACGGUGGUGGAAGAAGAACAUUUUGUAAUUCACUUUCAUUCAUUUUGACAGUGUUGGCAUUAACUCUGCAGGCUCACUACUGAUGGAAACUGGGGGUGGGUGAUAUGGCCAAAAUCUUCUAACACGGUAUACUGUAUGUAAUUUUAUAUCACUGUAACAGUAUAUAUAACGAUACAGUAAUUGUUCUGUAAAUUCAAUUAAGAAAUGGUUUAAAAUAACCGUACUUCAUCACAUUUGAUUAUUUUCUUCUAUUAUUUGGAACUUCCAUACAAACAAAAACGACUCCUCCUGCUCUGCAUUUACAAUUUCACUCUCCUCCUCCAUGUUUUCUUGUCAGUCUCCUCUUCUGCAGCGGUUGGCAAACCAGCUUAGAGCCACCAUCACCAACUGUCGCUCUCACCUCAAGUGAGAACGUGGUAAGCAGUCCUGCUGCUCGAAUCACACUACCUUGUGAGGCAGCUGGAUUUGCGAGAUCACGAUAUCACGCAAGGAUCCAGCCCUGAUUCGCUACAUAGCCUGCCCCGAAUACAUAGCAGAGACACUAAGGGAUAGCUCCCGCAGUGGAAACGGUAUUGCCAGAUCUUUACCGGUGGACACAUUUCUACCGUUGCACGGUAUAUACCGUCAUAUCACCCAACCUUAAUGGAAACACUGCUGCACUGCACUGUUAAGCCCAGGUUCUACAUGGAGUGAACAGAAAAUGACAGAUGUGAAUGGGGUUUACCUCUGCCAGCACAGUGUGGCUGCAGGUACACAACCAUGUGUGAAAACACUGUUUUUGAUUCUGUUUGGUUAACAGUAGCUACAUGGGGAAUAUUUAUAAAAUGAAUAAAGAUGAUUUACUUCCUACAUUUUUUUUAUAGCAGUUGACCUGUGUGUGCGUGCGUGCUUGAGAUCUGUUGCUGUGGGGGACUUAAAGGAAGAAGCUCUUCCUGGGCUUGUCAUGUAAAGUCUUCAUUUUUGCACUUUGCAGUAAGACACCAGGCUUUUAAUAGAUGGUGCUUUAUUUAAAUCUGUGCUACCUGUGUUUUAUGUGUGUGUGCUUCUUGCCCAACAAACUGCACAGCUUUCAUCCUUUGACUAUCUAUUCCCCCUCACAUGUAUCUCGUGUGUGUCCAUGUACAUUUUCAUUACACUGUUGUAACUUAAAAAGUGGCAUGUGAAGCAGGUAUGAAUAUUUAUUGUACAGAUCAUUCCACACACUGUGUGUGUAUGUGCUUUUGAGCGAAAGGUAAAUUGAUGGAUACUCAGGAUAAAAAGAUAUCCAGUCAUUUCUGAUGUUAAACCCAGGUUCUCGCUUUAGUUCUGUUUUUGUUCUGUUCUUCUAUACAGCUAGAAACCUGCUUGCAAUAAUCUGGUAAUAAACAAAUAUGGUUAUGCAAAA